CUCUGUGGGAAAGUUGUUCCUCAAUGCUGCUGUAAACAUCGUCUUUCACCUCAGAGAGUAAACACAGCCGCACUAACAUGUGGUGUUAGGUGUAAGGAAGAGUUACUAUGCAGAGCAGCGGAUACAAAACGUUUUCAUCCAAAUAUUCAGGAUUUGUGGUGGAUUUUGAGUCGCCUGGGAUUGAGGGUGAAGCUUCCGCGGAGGAGCAACGAGAUGGGAAAUAUGAUCCUGAUGGCGCUUCUGCUGGCUCACCUCCCAACAGAACUGCUGUCCAUCCAGGUGAUGGUUCCAGAGACGCAGAGGAGUACGACUCUGUUUGCCUCUGUGAUCAUUCGCUGUGACUACUCCACUUCAGCGAACCUUCAGGAUGUCCUGGUCACCUGGAGGUACAAGUCCUUCUGUAAAGAUCCGGUGCUGGAGUACUACUCCACAGCCUUUCAGGCCUCUCUGCAGCUGGGUCAGGACCCCACCAAUGACUGCCCGGACAGCCAGCGAACACUCCGCACAGUGAUCCAGAAGAGGGGCACUAAUGAGCCCAUGCUGGGUUCAGACUAUAGAGAGCGCAAAAUUACCAUUCAAAACAAGGCUGACCUGGUCAUCAGUGAGGUGAUGUGGUGGGAUAACGGCGUGUAUUUCUGCACCAUCGACGCUGCCGGUGACACGACGGGCGACUCGGAUAAAGAAGUCAAACUCAUCGUGUAUAACUGGCUGACCGUCCUGUUAAUCAUCAUCGGUGCUCUCCUGCUCAUCAUGCUCUUCUGCAUAUGUUGCUGUCAGUGCUGCCCACAGAAGUGCUGCUGCUACGUCCGCUGCCCGUGUUGUCCACAGACAUGCUGCUGCCCAGAGAAAGUUGUGAUGCAGCACAGGAUGAUCCGAGAGGCUCAGAAGGCUAUGGCUCCUUGGAUGAACGGUCAACCCAUUUACGCUCCCAUUAGCUCCAACGCCUCCUCCCAGGGCGUCCCCAUGCUAUACUCAGGCUCAUACUUGGACUACCCCACCAAACAAAACUAUGCCAUGGCUCCCAUGCAGCUGUCCCCCAUGGCCCUGCAGCAUCAGCCGCCUCCUCCUCCUCCACACCAUGUGAACGGCAGUGUGCACGGCAACAACCGCGGCACCGGCCAGGUGUUGGACUACCUGGAGAACCAGGUGAGGGGACUGGAUGUGGGAGCACAUCAAAUGGCUCCACACGCUCACCAAAAUAUGCUCCCAUUGCAGCCUCAACUUCAGCCUCAGCUGGCUCCUCAAGCCGUUCCCUACACACCGGGGCCCCCUAGUAUGUUGUCGGCCCUGGAUGAGAUGGGGGUGAGAGGGCUGGAGAGAAGGGUGAUCACCCUGCCUCCUAUAAUCCAGCGUGUACCCAGCUUUUCCUCACGCAGGGAGCCUGGAGGUGGAGACACAGCCAGAGGUGGGCCCAGAAUAUCCAGCCAGUCCAGUGGGAGUACAAACCGGUCUGGAGGAGGUCACCACCGCGACAGUCGUGGCUAUAGAGAUGCCUCUCCUCCCAGACGGGGGAUCUUGCGUGAUAACAGCAAUGACUCCGAAUGGGAGAACAGGCGAGCAAGAGCGCCACACAGGAGUUCGAGGAAUGAGAGAGGAAGCUCGGCCGGGAGUAGAGGAGGUGGAUCCAGGCCGCGUACUCGUAGUCGUGACGACCUGAUGGAGGAGCUGCACAGCAGAGCAUCUCGGAGGGAGAAGAGCUAUUCCCCUCCUCAGCGUCGCAAAGGAUCCUGGAGCUCAGAUGAGGAGGAAGACAGCAGGAGAAGGAAAGGUGGUAAAGGGAAGAAUUGGCCAGAGAAUCCCCCCAGCUACUUCUCCAUUGAGACCCAGCCUGGACGCAGCCGUGGGAACUACGAGCACCUUUCUGAUAGAAGCUCCCGUAGCGGCACCAGCGUAGUCAUCUGAAAUAUUUCUAUAUCUUUUUUAAAACUUGUUCCUGAAUGUUUCCAGAACGGUGAAAAUGAAGACAAACAGUGGGUACCUUCAUCUGUUCAUUAGGCUUGCAAAAAUAUAGUUAUUGUUGUGAAAUUUGAUAGUGAGUACUGGAAAUUUACUCAAUGGAUAUACUUUUACUCUGUAUGCACUGUAUGUAUUUGCAACUAAAAAUAUGAUUUUUAUGCAUGGGAAAAAAAGCUGUUCCGUCAAGGCUAUACAUUGCAGAUGAUAUGCAAUUAUAUUAAGCUUGUGUGUGAUUAGUUCUAACUGUAUUACAUGGUGGCAUUUGUCUAGUGAUGGAAUAAAGUAUCCUUUUGUUGUUUGUGAAGUAAAUGUUUAACCAUUUCAACAAGCAUACAUUCUUUUUUUUACAUUUUAUCCAUAGUAAAAUUAUUAGACAGUAACUUCAAUUAAAAAAGUAUGCUGCUUGGACACGGUGGACUUCCUGAACCUUUUAAAUCAACAAAAAACAACUUAUAAUUGUGAUUUUCAUUAAUGUUUUGUUACAAACAUGAAUAGAGAUGUAUCAUGAUGAUAUGUGUAUGUUUUAAAUAAACCUUUUUAGAUACA